AUUUACCUCUCCUAUAUUUUACGGGCUAUAUGUUGUAAUCGUGUAUAUAGUAUAUAUUAACAUGUAAGGACAACUGGUACAAUCGGUUGGGGCAACUGGUACAUUUGGUUGAGGGCAACUGGUAUAUUUUUAAAAUCCCGAUAACAACCAUGGAGGGCAACUGGUCAACACCCGAGAAUACUGAUAUGUACUGCGUCAUUCGUAGUGGUGCGAGAGAUAGCGCCCGUGUAGGUUAGGUUGCGUGUGUGUAGGUUUGGGUGGGGAAACGGUGGCGAUGGACUGCGGUUUCCGCCAGGACGACAUUCCUUCAGAUCACCACCCCAUGUCCUGCAGUUGUGAUCGGCUUCCCUCCGAUUUAGUAUUUACGUGCAAUCUCGGAGCGUGCCGUCGUAUCGAACCGUCGGUGAAGCGACACACAUCGUCGAUGCAUCUUCUUAAUUUAACCGUUCGUGUUAUAUUUUCGACAGAUGAACAGUUGUUUUCACGUCAACAACGAUUUUUUAAAAUUAUUUUUUGUUUUGUCUCCUAAUGACACUCAGUUACGCUCCAACACCGUCGAGACUAUCUCGUUACAACUUGAAUUGUAUUAUAUUAUAUGCGAUUUUUUUUAAAAAUUUUUUUUUUUUAUUCACCGGUUUUUUUCCUGUUUAAUUUACAAUGACUGAACGAAAAACGAAGAUGAGGAAUUUUGACAACUCGCUCUGCACUUACAACCGACAGGUUUAAUUAAGGUAAUGUAAAAUGUGUGUAACGAUAAUUUUUGAGAAAUAUGAAUAAUAUUAUGUACCUAUUAUUUUGUUUGACAGUCGAUUCGUAUCUACCGACGGCGGCGAUAUCGUUUCGGUUUUGCCAUAGGCAUAUUAACCCUUUCACUGCUGUGGACAUGUAUACACGUCGGAGCAGAGCACCUCCUGUGUGCUAUGAUGUGUAUACACGUUUUUAUCAAUUUAAAUUAUUUGACGAGUCAUAGAAGAAUAAAUGUUAUAACGGACUCGGGACUAUUGAUUUUUGAAAUGUCUAUCCAAUGGAAGAAAAAUCAAAAGCCUAUCACAAAAAAACUUCAUUUGUUAUGAACAUUUAGGUGUUUGGCAAUGAUUCCCAAAAUGGUAAUAUUUCUUAUCACGAAUAUAGUCAGCACAUAGCAGGUACUUUAGAUUUUAGUGGUCAGCUGCAGCGAACGGGUUAAUUAUAUAUGUAAUUUAAUAUAAUAAUAUAGACCUAAUAUUUUAUUAUAUUAUGUGUUUAAAUAUAAUUUAUAUGUCUACGGUUUUUGCCUCCUCCGCGUUAAAAUAGUGAGUGAUUAGUGAAUGGUCGUACAACUGUACGAGUACAACCGGCGGUGAUACGCACGGCCAACAUCUUGGCACUGGACAUAAAAAAUCAGCUUUAUUCAAACCUAGUAAAUUUGUUACUUAAUCUUAAUCCAUUUUCUAAAUUAAAAUCUGUAUAGCCAAAUUAUUUCAGUUUUGUCUGGCUUUCUAGUCUAAAAGCCACUUUUUUUUAUAUACUGCAGCCCCCUUAAACAGAUAUUAGUUACGUAUGUGAGUUUGAUUAAAAUUAUACUAAAGCCAGUCUACAUUGUACACCUGUCUAUAACGGACAUUUUUAAAGGUCCUUCGACUGUUCGUUGUACCUAUACAGGUUUCACUGCAUAUAAUAUUAUUAUAAAUAACAUUUUUUUUCAAUCGUCGCUGACAGAAUUUAGAUUUUAAAAUUAAAACAUAUGCAUAAUUAUUAUUAAUUGGCAAUGAUUUUUAUUAGUGAUUAGCUAGCUACCGAAUAUAUUUAGUAUACAUAUUAUGGUAUAUUUUUAUGAAAUAUUGGCAACAAUUUGGACAUCUCUAGCCUAUAUAUUUAGCCAGCGUUACAUAAUAUCGUUACAGUUAUAGGCACAAAUAGAGUUUGGGAUUUGGAGGGGCUAAAUAUAAGCUUAAAACAAAAUGUAGGAAAUGUUUGGGGGGCUAUGGACAUUUUUGGGAGGGCUUAGCUACUAAAGCCCCCCCUAAUUGUACCUAUGGUUACAGUACACUGUUGUUUACAUACUUGUCAUGAACUUCACACACACACUCAAACCCGAAUACGUUUUAAUAUUUUAUUACCUCAGAAUAACAAUAUUAGUGUUUGCUUCAUUUCAGAAUCCCGAUAAACUUGGAACGGAGUCUGUCCAUCGUCGCCGGUAGAAUGGUAUCCUCGUUCUUCGCCCUAACACUGACAAUGAUGUACUUGAACCAGAGCUGCAGUGCGAAGAGUCUUCCGUCGAUAUCACCUGAAAAAAAUGGUUUGGUUGCCAAUUCGUGGAGGUCGCUCCAGAAUAGUGAAGACGAAAAAGAUAACCUUAUUUGCCUGUCAACUGAUUGCGUGAAAGCUGCGGCUUCCUUAAUCAACAAUAUGGAUGAAUCAGUAGAUCCAUGUGAUGAUUUCUAUCAGUUUGCGUGUGGUAAUUUUAUAAAAAACACAAUUCUCAAUGAUGGCGAAAAUGCACGAAACUCAUUCUUUGAGAUUGAUGAUGCGAUUAUACACCAGAAGCGAAUAAUUGUUACCAAACCCAUUCAACCUGAUGAACUGAGACCGUUCAAGAUGAUGAAAUUACUGUUUAAAUCGUGCAUGGACCAAGAAAAGUUAGGCUUGGGCCCGAUCAAGGAAAUGCUGAAAAGCAUUGGAGGAUGGCCGGUGCUGGAAGCCGAGAGAUGGAAUGAAUCAAAGUUCACGUGGAUGGACAGUAUGUACAAGUUGCAGGGAGUGGCUUACUUCAUCGAAUUAAUGGUCGCACCAGAUAAAAAUGUUAAAGAAAAUAUUCUGUAUCUGGACACACCGUUCUUCAACGUCCAGGGCAAAGACCACGAUUCCGUGGACGAAUACUACAGGUACAUGGUGGACAUCGCGGUGUUGUUUGGAGCCGACCAGCAGAAGGCAAACGAAGAGCUGAAGGAGUCAUUGGACUUUGAGAUAGAAUUGGCCAAGAUGUCAGAGGAAGAGCGACCGGACGACGAUAAGUUGUACAACGAGAUGAAAAUCACCGAUCUACAACAAAAGUUCCCGAGAAUACCAUGGCAAGAGUUCCUUAACAAAACGUUGAACCAAUUCAUUCGACAGGACGACAUUAUAAUUGUGACUUCGCUGAAAUAUUUUUCGGGCUUGGAAUCACUGUUCAGCAAAACUCCCAAAAGGGUUCAAGUAAAUUACGUGGUUUGGAGACAUGUUGAUUUUUUCUUAAAGUUUCUAACAGAAGAACUGAGAAAAAGAUAUAUUAUGUAUACGAAAGAUGAUAUAACACAACCCCGAUGGAAGGGAUGCUUGGAAUGGAGUACUGCAAUGAUUGAUUUAGCUAUUAACUCGUUAUAUUUUCAACGUAUACGUCAUAUGUUCAACGAAAAUACUAAACAGAAUAUUACAGAAAUGGUGAAUAGGAUCAAGGAGGAACUGUAUAAAAUAUUAUUGUCAAAUGUGUGGAUGGACGAUAAAACAAGAAAAAAAGCGAUGGACAAAGCAAAGGCAAUGACACAUAACAUUGCACACCCUGAGCUAUUGGAUGACAGCAAGUUGAUUGCGUAUUAUGAAAAUUUGGAAGUGAACGACCAAGACUUUUAUACAUCAGUAUUGAAUUGGACUAAAUUUAGCACUGACUAUGAGUUUUCGAAAUUAAGGAAACCUGUUAAUAGUGUUGAUACAUUUGAUUGGGUUACUUUUAUUGGUUCGGUAAAUGCGAUCUAUAGACAUACAACAAACGAAAUCAUACUUCCCUUUGGUAUCUUGCAAGGUGCGUUAUUCUCGAACGAUCGUCCUCAAUACAUGAAUUACGGUGGAAUUGGAUGUCUAAUUGGUCACGAGAUCAUUCAUGGAAUGAGGGUAGACAACGGUUUGGCGGAGGAGACGAAUAAAUACUUUUUCGAAAAAGAAAAAUGUUUCAUCAAUCAAUAUGGAAAUUAUACUGUUCAUGAAAUCGGUCUCAAGGUGAACGGCACUCAAACGCUGGGCGAAAAUAUCUCAGACAAUGGAGGCUUGAACAUAGCGUAUAACGCGUACAGAGAUUGGGAAAAUAGACAUGGGGUUGAACCACGACUGCCUGGGCUCCAAGAUUACACGCCUCGGCAGAUGUUCUGGUUGAGCAACGCCAAUGUGUGGUGCGAAAAGAAUCAGAUGAACCUUGACAUUUAUAAAAUCAAAUACGACGAACAUUCGCCCUCCCGUUUCCGGAUCAACGGCCCGUUCUCCAACAUGAAAGACUUCAGCGACGACUUUCAGUGUCCUCUAGGCUGCAACAUGAACCCGGCCAAGAAGUGUCAGUGGUGGUGAGACUACUAUCUGGCCAUGCAUAUAAAAUUAUUCUUAUUGUAAUGAUUGUCUCUUUAAUAACAUUUUAUGACGUAUAGAUUAGAAU